AUGAACCAUAUUCACUUGUUUCAUUAUCAAAUGAUAUUGAUAAUUCAUUAAUCUAUUGUGUACGCGGGUGUCGACCAUAUUUCUCAGCAACAGCAACACAAGAAAUUCUAGAUGAAUUUCGGCCAUAUUUAUGCCCAUUUGAUUCAGCAUUUUCGGAUACAAUGAGAAUUUUUGAAUUAUUUUUACCAGUUCAUCUACCACCAGGAUUACACGAUCAAGGAUUUAAAUUAUGGUUAACAGAAUUUAUGGGCAUUUGGGAAAGUGUUUAUAGUAAUCCCGUAUGGGAAUUAAAUAUGAUAAAUCUUUUCUCAUUAUUGGCUUGGUGCAAUAUUGGACAUAUUGAUUGGGAACCAUGGCUACCACGAAUAUUUACACGCGUAUUAAAAAGUUUUACAUUACCAGUUGGUAAAAUUCAAGUAUCACUUCAACAGUAUCGUUAUUCAAUGUCAAGUGUUACAACAUGGAUUGUAGCCAUGUUAGGAAAUGGUAGUACAUGCUUACAAUAUCUACAAGAUUUAUUUACUGCAAUUAAAAGUUUCUAUCAUCCAUCAAAUUCUGGCAAAUUUCAACAAGAAUUAAUUAAUUUUCUGUCGAAAUUAUCACAAGCAUUUGUUGAUCGAGUUCAUUUAGAACGUAAAGCAAAUCCAAUAUGGUAUUUUAUACCACCAGAAUCUUAUCGUUUAACUGAACAAAAUAUAACAGAUUUUGUUAAUUGUGUUAAAGAAUGUGCAUUUAUCGCAAUUUUUACUAAAGCUCAUCUCAAAGAAGCUGCGAAAGCAUGUCAAUAUUUAUCAAUGCUUCGACCAGAAUUAAUCGUACCACCAAUUGUUGAAAAACUCUUUUCAUCUAUUGACAGUAUGAGUGAACCGCAUCGUUUCACAUCAAUAAUGACUUGCUUAGCAAGUGUUGCAAGACAAAUUGUUCGACAAACUCCAGAGUUCUCUCAAGGUCAAACUUAUGUUUUACCAUUAUUAAUGGCUGUUCUACC